AUGUCAUCGGCAACGAGCCUUAAUGAUGAAUUAUCAAUAUCAGGGAGUCGUCUAUAUAUAUGUCAAAAUAGAGAAGGGCCAACGAAUAUUACUUGCAAAACCGCAGAUGUGAAAUAUGACCCUGAUGAUGUGGAAUAUGACCCUGAUGAUGUGGAAUAUGACACUGAUGACGUGGAAUAUGACUCUGAUGAUGUGGAAUAUGACUCUGAUGAUGUGGAAUCCUUCACAACAACCUGUUCAAAUGGCCCCUGCCAGAAUGGAGCUACAUGUUCUGUCGACAACAAUCAGCAUGUUUGUAAUUGUCUCGCCGGAUACGAAGGCACAUACUGUCAAACAGCAUCGUGUUCAAACACACCCUGCCAGAAUGGUGCAACUUGCACAGUGGUCAGCAAUAAAGUAGAAUGUGAGUGUGCCACUGGAUAUAAAGGAACAUACUGUCAAACAAAAGUAGCAACGUUACCACUUCCUUUCGGUGCAGCAAAUAAUCACGUGCAGUUGUCCUAUCCUAACAGAAAAGAUUGGUGUCAUGAGGUUACAGAAUUUGACUGCCCGGUAAAAAUUGACGAUAGCUACAGAAACAAGCUAUAUAUAUGUGAAAACGGAAUUGUUACAUUCUUCGAGAAAACCAAUAUAAACUCUGUACCAACUGGUGCUAAAAUGCAAAAAUUUAAACAGAGCGUUGUUGUGGCUCCAUAUUUUUCAAACAUUGAUGCAAGGACAUCAGGUUAUAUUGGCUACAAAAUUUUAAACGGUACAGAGGUAUCCAAUGACAACGACGUGAACACAGCGGUCACAGCGAUUCUAACUGACGCUGGAUACAGUACAAUGAACGUAUUUUUCCUUCUUGUAGUUACGUGGCAAAAUGUGAUAGAGUAUCAGCAAAACAAUGCUGAUACGUCUACCUUUCAGCUCAUUAUUGUCUCCGAUGGAAUGGAUACUACCCUUGCAUUCUUCGCUUAUCUUGAGGACCAAAUGAACUUUGCAACCAAUGAAAAUUUAAUUGGCUUUGCGUUUACAAAUCAGCAAAGCCUUGAUUUAAGAGUAUCUGACCCUGUAGCUAACUACACUAAUUUUGGGCGUAGUGGAUUUGCCAUGUACUCAUUGAACACGGGUUCGGAUACAAUUAUUUCGGAUUGCUUCAAAUGCAAACAAUGGACAGCACAACAAGCAAACACAUUUGCAGAUUUGGAAUCAAAGUGGACUCUGAUGCCGCAAUGUCCGUGUGACAAAAAUACAAUACCUUCUACAGGUUAUUUCCAAGAAUUGUCCUCCUCGUCAAGCGCAGUGUAUAUUUACAGCGUUCAUUCAGCCCAGAAAUACAACUUUCAGGGAUCGAUGUGCUCGUAUGCAGGGAACUCAUACAUUUCAACGGGUUCAAAUGUUGGAUUUAGAACAAAAUACAAUAACUUGACGUCGGGAAGUAUUGCCUUUUUCGAAGCCGAACUUAAUAUGAAGGAAACUUGUUGCAAUGCAGACCUCUGUGAUGCUUAUUACUCUGUCCGACCGAAGAAUGUUAAUUGUUCAUCGCAAUCCAAUGUACUAAUUGGCGGUGGUACCGGUGACCCUCAUAUAACCACCCCGGAUGGAAAGUCCUUCACAUUCAAUGGAGAGGGUGAAUACACAAUGCUUUCUGUUGUAACUGAUGGGGUAGACUUUACUUUGCAAGGAAGGACUGCGCCAUAUCUUGACGACGAAGGCAAAUCUGUAGGGGCCACAAUUUUUACUGCUUUUGCUGCCAGGGACAAGGCUGAUGACUCCCGAUGCAUCAUUGAACUGGACUAUGAAACAGGAAUGCGUAUUAAAGUCAAUGGAAUAUCAUAUAACUCUGCCUUCGCCUCAAAAGGCUUCCAGGCCUCCGAGAAGACGGUGUCAUUAGAAAAAAAUAAUAACACUAUUAAAGUAUCUUUUGUAAACUCAGGGAUAAGUUUCAAUGUUGCUGUUAAACUGCAAAAACUAUUAACAAUUGCCGUGAUAGUUCCGGAAUUAUACAAAGAUUUAUCGAAAGGUCUUCUUGGAAAUACGAAUGCUGAUCCAUCUGACGAUUUAAAAUACCCGAACGGAACUAUUCUUUCAACCAACGCCACAGAAAGAGAAGUGUUUGAUUACGGACAGUCCUGGAUAAUUUCAAGUAGCGAUGACUCCAUUUUUGAGUAUCCUCCAGGAGGAAGUUACCUGAAUUACCAAAAUCUAAACCCUGUUGUCAAUUUCCUCGACGAAGCAAACCAGACUCUUGUUGAAGACGCUAAGGUGCUAUGUGGUCAAGAUAAUAUUCCUUGCAUAUUUGAUAAAGUGUUCACCGGAAGUGAUGAAGUAGCAGAAGACACAAAAACUGUCAUUAAGGAGCAAGAAGACACAAAACAAAUUCUUGAAAACGUGGCCCCUACUUUAACGCUUGAUGUGACAAGUUUAAAUCAAGAGACUGGUAAGCUACAUGUAGACAAAAACAAAGAAACAACAGUUGUUGUCACUGGAGAUGAUGAUGGAACGAUUUCGUUUAGCAUCAUAAGUGGUGAAAACGUUGCAACACUAUCGCAAGGGAGCAGUGAUAACGCAAGGGAUCUAAAGAUUAUUUUUACAAGCAGCACACCGCAAACGAUAAGUUUGACCGUCACAGACAAUCUGGGAGUUCAGUCACCUUUACUGGUCCUCGGUGUAGUUCUGUGCACUGGCUGCAACGGCAAUGGACAAUGUGAUAACACUAUAACAAGAACAUUAGUCCAGGCUACUGAGGGUUUCAGUUUAGCACAAUGUAUUUGUGACGAAUAUCAUGAUGGUGAUGAGUGUGAAAACGAUUUGAAUGGUUGCUCGGGAGAUCCAUGUUCCCUGGGUCGUGACUGUACAGAUAACGAUGUAAACACGCACAUGUCAUCAGGGAAAGCUUUUACCUGCGCUGAUUGUCCAGCUGGCUAUACAACUGAGGAUGAGGAUUGCAUAGAUGUAAAUGAAUGUGAUCUUCCAACAAAGGUGUGUAGCGAUAUUUGUGAUAACACAAUUGGAAGUUAUAUUUGUAAAUGCAGCAAUGGUCGCCGUGCAAGCAAUGCAACACAUUGCAUAGAUAUCAAUGAAUGUGACGAAGCCACCAGUAACUGUCAGCAAGUUUGUGAGAACACAGAUCCAGGGUUCACUUGCAGUUGUCUCGACGGAUAUAAUUAUGAUUCUGAAUCAAACACAUGCACGUUGUCCGACGAAUCGCGAUGUAGCAGCUCGGGAUGUUCAACUGAAAAUGGCGGGUGUAUUGUAGAAAACGAAGAAACAAAGUGCUUUUGUAAUAAAGGCUACAAACUUGGAGAAGAUGACAAAACUUGUGAAGAUAUAAACGAAUGCGACCAAAACAUUUGUUCAGGCACAUGUUCAAAUACGGAUGGGUCCUACACAUGUGGCUGUUAUCCUGGAUAUAUUUUAAACAGUGACAGGACCACGUGCUCAGCAUGUCCCCUCGGUAGCUGGGGAGACAACUGCGGUCAAGAGUGUUCAUGUAGCAGUCUCGGAUCAUCAGGAUGUGACAAUGUUAAAGGAUGUGUUUGUAAAAUCGGAUGGGAAGGAACUAAAUGUUCGGAGGACGUUAACGAAUGUCAAGACGUUAGCAUAUGUAACAGUGAUUACAAAGAAUGUGCCAAUACACAAGGUUCCUAUAGAUGUGAUUGUGUCGACGGCUACGAAUUAAAUUCAGACACAAACGAAUGUGACGAUUAUAACGAAUGUCAGGAUGAUAGUUUAAAUAAAUGUGAACAAAAGUGUGUAAACACGCCAGGAGGAUCGUACUGCGACUGCAACGUUGGCUACACAAAAAAUGCCACGGACAAAACAAAAUGUGUUGAUGUGAACGAAUGUGACAUUGGCAAUACUGGAUGUGAACAAACAUGCGAAAACGCCAUUGGUUCUUAUAAUUGCCUUUGUUACUUUGGAUAUUCUCUUAACAGUGACCAGAAAACUUGCUCACAACUUUCAGCUGAUACGAUAUGUUCAAAUGAGGGUUUGAACUGUAGUGGCUACUGUGAAGUUGGUACAGCUACUGCUAAAUGUGCCUGUCCAUCAGGUUUUGUUUUAGCGGCCGAUGAUUUGCAGUCAUGUCUAGAUGUAAAUGAAUGUGAGGACACGAACUUGAAUAAAUGCGAAUAUCCUGAAACAUGCAAAAAUGUCGCUGGUGGAUUCACAUGUACUUGCCCAACUGGACAGUUUUUAGACAGGGACGGUAUAACAUGUACAGAAUGUGACGAAUUUCAUUACGGUGAGAAUUGUCUACAAGAAUGUAACUGCGGUGUUGGUUCGGCUCAUUGUGAUCCAGUAUCUGGAUGCGUUUGUAAAAAUGGAUGGACAGGAGAGAAGUGUGAUACAGAUAAGAAUGAAUGUGAUGCAGUAACUAGUCCUUGUACAGCUUUAAAUACUAUUUGUACUAACACACGAGGCGGAUUUACGUGUAACUGUCUCUCUGGGUACUUCAAUAAUUCCAACGGCCAAUGUGAGGAUACAAAUGAAUGCAACAACCCGCAGAUGAAUACAUGUGCCCAGAACUGUGAGAACACGCCUGGUAGUUAUUCUUGCAGUUGUAGAGAUGGCUUUAAAGAGAGCGGCAACUUAUGUGAAGAUAUUGACGAAUGUGCAGCAAUCAACGACUGUACACAGCUUUGUAGUAACUUUGAAGGCAGUUACAAAUGUUCAUGUGAAGAUGGCUACACCUUAAGCGCAGAAGAUCAAAAAACAUGUACAGUCCAAACGGAAUGCGCCGAAAAUAAUACAUGUGGCGAAAAUACUGAAUGUUUAUUUCUCAAUGGAGUGGAAUCUUGUCCGUGUAAGAAAGGUUUCGAAAAACCGAAUGCUGGCGACUUGUUAUGCACAGAUAUUGACGAAUGUACGCCAACAAAUCCCUGUGUUGAUGGAACAUGUGAAAAUAUCGAUGGAGGAUUUACUUGCAGCUGUAGUAGUGGCUUUAAACUUGACAAAGAUUUAAUUACAUGCAUUCCAUGUGAACCUGGAACAUUUGGAACAGCAUGCUCCCAGUCCUGCACUUGUGUCGAAAGUAACACUCAGUCCUGCAGCGCCGAUGCUGGUGUUUGUACUUGUAAAGAAGGUUGGGAGGAAGAUGACUGUGGCACGAACAUUGAUGAAUGCGCAACAAACACUUACAACUGCACAGGCAACUCGACGUGUAAAGAUACAAACGGAUCUUAUGUAUGUGAAUGCAAUGCAGGAUUCUUCAAGACAAGCAAGGGAAUAUGCAAAGAAUGCGAUUCAAAACAUUAUGGAAAGGACUGUGCGGAGGAAUGUAAAUGUAUUGUGACCAAUACUGAAACCUGUGAUUCUGUAAGUGGCAGCUGCACAUGUAGUACAGGAUGGGAAGGUGAUACAUGUUCAGACGACAUAAAUGAGUGUUCCUCUUCACCUUGUACAGACACACACAAAACAAAGUGUACAAACAGUCCCGGUUCAUACACCUGUGAGUGUGUCCCUGGCUUUGAAUUAAAUGAAGAAGACCAGUGUGUCGACACAAAUGAAUGUCAGCGAGGUACUGAUAAUUGUGACCAAGUAUGUACAAAUACAGGCGGCUCCUUUACAUGUUCAUGUGAUAUCGGAUACAGUGGUACAGACAACGACUGUGAAAAGUGUCCAGUUGAUAAAUGGGGAGAUCAAUGUGCAAAUGAAUGCGAUUGUGACGGUGAUAAGUCAGAAAGCUGUCAUCAUGUCACUGGCUGUGUUUGUGUUGCUGGUUGGAAAGGGACGUAUUGCAAAGAAGAUAUUAACGAAUGUUCCACAGGAACACACACGUGUGUGCCCAACUCCGAUUGUACAAAUACUAAUGGAAGCCACGAAUGUGCUUGUAAACCUGGUUACAAAGAAACACUCGGAGCCUGUAAAGCGUGUGAUGAGACUCAUUAUGGACCAGAUUGUUCUCAAAUAUGUACUUGUGUCGAGGCAAACACAAAACUAUGUGACUCGGAUAACGGUACGUGUACAUGCAAUAAUGGUUGGAAAGGUAAAAAUUGUUCAGAAGACAUUGACGAAUGCACUGAAGGCACAGACCUUUGCGAUGAACCGUAUAAAACACGUUGUUCAAACACAGAUGGAUCAUACCUUUGCCUUUGUGACGUAGGCUAUGAAUUAAAGAAUGGAGAUUGCACAGAAAUCAAAGAAUGUGAUGGAGAUCCAUGUGAAAACGGUGCCACUUGUAUAGAUUUGAUUGAUACUUACAACUGCACAUGUGUUGCUGGAUAUACAGGAACCAACUGCGAAACUGAUAUUAAUGAAUGUGAGUCAAACCCAUGUCAAAAUGGAGCAACAUGCAACAACCUACUCAAUAGUUAUACUUGUAUGUGUGCCGACGGCUAUCAUGGGACAGACUGUGAAACUGAAUGUGAAAAUGGAAUGUGGGGACCUUCAUGUGGUAUCCAAUGUAGCUGUGACAAUGAAACAUCUACCGGUUGUAAUCAUGCGACAGGCUGUGUAUGUAAAGCAGGUUAUGAUGGCAUCAACUGUACGGAUAUCAACGAGUGUACAAAUGGAACGCAUGACUGUCCUGAAAAUGCUAUUUGUACCAAUACACCCGGAAGCUAUUCAUGUGCAUGCAAACCCGGAUAUCGAGGAUCACUUAGUGGAUGUGAAGAAUGCACAAGCAACACAUACGGAGACGAAUGUAGUGGUCAGUGUAGAUGUGUACACAACCACACAUCACUAUGUGACCGUGUGAAUGGAACGUGCUAUUGUUUGCCAACUUGGACUGGAACUAGAUGUGAAACUGAUAUAGAUGAGUGUUCACUUAGAACAGACAACUGUAAUAAAACAAAUGAAGGGUGUCAUAAUACCAAUGGCGGUUUCGUGUGUUCUUGUAACCUGGGUUACAAAAGGGCCGAUAACGGGGAGUGUGUCACUGACGACUCACCAGUUGCAACAACAAGUGCUACACCAGAUGGAAAUACAAAGGUAGAUGUCGUCUUGACACUAUUCCUCACAUUAUCGGCAGGGGUCGAUCUAAACGUUGAUGAGACAUACCAAGAGUACAAGACUGAAGUCCACAAAGCACUAGUAAAUAUGUACAGAAGAUCUCUACCAGUGGGAACGAUAUUUUCCAUUUUCAUUAAAAACAUAAGGAAUGGCAGUCUGAUCGCGGAAUAUGAUGUCAUUGUACCAACAUCAGCAGUGCCAAGCGUUGCUGUAGCCAAUGCAAAGUUAGCAAGUUCUCAAGAGACACUUCAGAUAUUCAGUGAAAAUGCAACCGCUAGUGCAUUGACAGUAAACAACGUUUCAGUGUCAACUGGUGGGGAUAACACAGACGUUUUCCUCUGCGAUGUGUAUGAAGCAUCUAUCGGUAAUUGUGAAAGGACAUGUAUUGUCACUGAUGGGAAACCAUACUGCGAAUCAGAAGCAGAAACAGAUAGUCUUCCACUGAUCCUCGGUCUCGCCAUUGGAAUUCCAAUUUCCUUCCUCUGUGUUGCUAUGAUUGUUUUGUGUAUAGUGUACUACAACUACCGAAAGGAACACCGCUCAUCUAGAGACAGAAGCUACGAGGAGAGAGACAGUGAUCUUUUUGAAGGAAAAAUGCCGGUCCGAAUGAACACAAGAAUGCCUUCAGGGCCACUCAGUGGUCAUCCAGACCUAAUGGAGUACCCCGAAUACACUGAUUAUUCCACCGGCAGUGCACAGCGUUACUACGACUACUCCAGAAGCUAUGAUUAUGAUAACGGCCCAGAAAGGAACACGAAUUUCUCGUGGGAUUAUCUUUUCCGUCAGUUGGGUGCAGGAGGAGCGUACAAAAUUAAGCGACCCACUGUAGAUGCAGGACCCAGACGUUACGAAGAGAACUAAAGAGCUAUGAUAAAAAGCCAUAGGAAUGUAAUCAAAAUGGCUCUGAAACACCAACAGGAUAUUAACUUAAAUUCUCAUUUUCUUUCAACUGUAUUUCAACCUUUUCCUUUUCAAGUAACAGUUGAGUAAUGAACAGAAGAAGUUACGUUAUAUAGUGGAAUCAUACAUAUACAAAACUCUCUCAUUUAUAUACAAUACAUAUAUAAUACAUAAUAUUAUUCAAUGUUAUAUCAUUGAUACUUAAAUAAACAAAACAAAUAGUUAAGUAAUAACGUGGAAUCGGAUCCAAAAAACGUUUCCUCUAGAAAAUAGAUAGAUAUAUUUUGACGGUAAAAUUUCAAUUGUAUCAAAAUAUAUAUUGUUUUGAAUUCAACCCUGUAACAAGUAUUUUAAGAAAAAAAUAUUUUAGAGAUAUAUUUAAUAUGAAAUAUACUAAAAAAUAUGUAAUUUUAACUGAUUGAAAAAGUUUCAUUUAUUUAGAAUACCAAUUACUCAUUUUCAAUAAAUCAACUUUUUGUUACAAUCAUAUCCUUGUAAAUAAUUAUUAUGUAGUGAUUUAAGAAACUAUCCCUUUUUUCUAUAAGAAGUAGCAAAAUGUUUUCACAAAUACCUAUUAAGAUAUUUGCCAUCAACUAUUUGCUCAAUAUUAUCCAACUAUCGCAUUUGAAAACUGUUAUUGUUUCUGAGAAUAUUUUAUAUUAUUUGAAUAUUAAUCAUAUAUCGUUACAAGAAUCAGGAUUAUACAAAUUACUUUAUGUUUACAUUGUGUACACCGAGUAUUUAGUCGGAUACAUAACAAUCAUUCCUUUACCAUGGCAACAUAUGAUUCAGCCUUUCCUUCAUUUACAUUUUAUCCUCAUACCAUGUAUUCAAGAAUAUGUAAUAAAUGUUUUAAUGUA